ACAUAUCAUACUAUGUCCUGGUAUGUUCGCUCUAAAAAUCAAACUCUGUUUUUCCUCCUAAUAUCUGGUCUGUUAUUUGCAGAUUUUAAUACCAUUAAGCAUGAAAUGAUAACUGAAGAUGGUGACCCAGUGACAUUCAGUAGAAUCGGACAUGUUACUGUACAAAUGCCAAAUAGCCUGGAGAGCCAAAGUGUUGAGUGUUCCCUUGUGAUCAAUGCAGCUGGUGCCUGGUCAUCAAAGGUGGCUGAAUUGGCUGGGAUUGGUACUGGGCCAUCUCAUUCAUUAGAAGGGAUUAAGCUUCCUGUGGAGCCCAAAAAGAGGUGCCUAUUUAAGAAGAGAAGGACUAGGAGGCAACUAUAUAGCCGGAAAAUCCCCAUCUGAGGUAAAAAGAAUUACAGAAAAUUAAGGUGCUAGUAUGCAAGUAUUCAUAUUUAAGGGUUCCACUUGUAACAUUCCCAUCGAUCAACAGUAGUGACGAUAAUAGCUGUAUAACAGUAAAUGUAUGAACAACUUGGUUAUUCUAGCACAGUGGAACCUAUUAAAGGGCACCUGCUGGCCAAAAAUAUUAUCCCCAAUCAAAGGUGUGGUUGGGGGUAAUAUUUUUUUUUUCUUAUAUUGUCUCCCACCAGCACUAGGACACCUGCACCAGGAGGGAGUUAUGCAGAGCACAUGUGCACAAUGAGCUGAAGUCACAUGCAUUUGCAUAAUGAGCAAGUUGUGGCAUUUACUCAUUGUGCACAUGCAUGUGCCCCAACAUUGCCACUCAAACUGGGAGCUCCCUAGCGGGGGGGGGGAAUGUUUUUGUUUGUUUUUUUAAAAACCACUGUUAUCCCCAACCCGCACCUUUGGCUGGGGAAAAUAUUUUUGGCCAACAGGUCCAUAUCCUGGCUUUAACUGCCAGUGUAUUAGCAAGCGCUCCAGGAACUGCAUGGUACACUGCUACCAGAUGUAUACUUAGUAGAUUACCCUGGACUUCUAGCUUAUUGUACCUGUUACAUGAACAGGGUAAGGAUAUAUUAUCUGCAAGCCUGUUAUCACAGAUCUUCAAAAUAAGUCAGUGAUAUUUCCAGUUGUGUCCUUUUUACUUUAUUCUUCAUUUUUGACUGAUUACAUUUUUCUCUGUUAAAAUACAGUAAGACAGUACCUUGUACUUGAUAACUCUUGAUUGACGCUCUGCAUUCUUAUCGAGACCUGUCGGCCAAGGACUGAACCAAUGAAGUCCUCAUCCUUUGGGAUUUUUCAAACCUGCCUGAUACAUAACUUAACAAGUAACUGGUUGUAUAUACCGUAAGACUAAAACUUGGACAAUGCAGCUGUCCAUGUGGGAUUGUAUGUUGAUUGCUUUUCAAUAUCUUACAGGCAAAAUUCAACCCCAAAUUUUUUAUUUUAAAUGGGUUGUUCACCAUUAAUAUUAAAGAUUAUGUAGACACCAAUACCACCUUACAAUAUUGUAUGCAUCUGUGUGCCUUUUUAUCCUGCAACUCUCAGGCUUCCAGCUGCUAUCUGUUUGCAAAGGGUUGUUCUCCAUAGAAACCAGGUGGGUAGGAAAGCAAAAAAAAAGAGAUAAGCAAAUAAAAAUAGGAAUACCCAUAAAGCCAAAUUGAAAGGGAACUCUUCAACAUAUAAAACCUUGCAUUACUUACAUGACAAUUAGUUUAUAAAUGUAUGGUUGGAUCUAAGUGUUAGUUCUGCGGGAACAGACAUAAAAUAAAAGGUAAAUAAAGCUCUUUGAUAUAACAUUUAGGACAUUCACUGUUGUGCUUUCUUAAAUUCCUGUAAAGGGGGAAGAGCCAGAUACAAGUAACCUGGAUGUAGAUUUCUUUCAUGAGAAGGUAUGGCCACUAUUGGCACAUCGAGUGCCAGCGCUUGAAUCCUUAAAGGUAAGUCUUUGGAAAGAAGGAGUUUAUCAAUAUAAAGGACCAAUGGGUAGUUCUUGGACAAAUUGAUUUACUUUAUAAUCUACAGUGAAUUUUCUCCUCGCCAACAAUGGGAUUGGGGAAGCAAAGUUAAAAUAAUAUAUUCAAUUUCAAAUUCUUACUGCUUAAACAUGUCACAAAUAAGCAUAUAUUGGUUUGGAAGAAAUUUGUAAUUUUAACAAUGGAUUC